AGAGCUUUGUAUCGGUGAUCAACAAACAUAUUACUCACUAUCUUAAUUCUAUUGAACAGCAUUGUGUGCUCUACUAAGUCGACAUGCCUGCGGACGCUUUCGGCCAGUAUGUCGAUAUCCAGAUCGAAGAUGGCACGAAAUAUGAUCUGCGCAUCGAAAACGCCCACCUUGACAGCGGGCAAUUCUAUCGGCAAGGGGACCAGAGCGAUAUCAUGACAGCCGACGAUGUGGAUGAUAUGAUCAUCCGUCACAAUGGCGGCAUCAGAGACAUCUGUUCAUGUGGUGAAACCGACUCUAUGUCGGGAACCCAAGGAACAUUCGAUCUCAUGGACGAUGUGAAGGACGCCCGCAUCUGCACGCUGGCAUGGAGCGCUCCCAUGCAGACGGGAAGACGGAAUAUGUUCAAGAUGCUCAACCAUAAUUCGAAAUAUAAAGUUGAUAUUGGAGAUUGGCAAGAGUCCGGUACCAUGGGAACCGUCACUGUUGCCAUCAAAGAUGAGUGAUUUUUGAUACUCGGACGAGCCCAGUCACUUUUUUAUUUGAUCCCCCCCCCAGAAAAG